AUGGCACCCAAACGUACUCACGAUGGCGAUUUCUUCGCCAAAGACGGCGCUGAACCCGCCAAGAAGCGCAAGGGCUUCAGCGUUGGCCCAGCAAAUCUCCCCGACGGUACCUAUCGUCGCAAGACCCAAAAAAUCAAGUCCGACCUCAUCCAAAAAGCCAAAGUGAAAAAAGCCUACGCCAAGAUCAAGGCCAAAGAAAGCGCCACCAAAGCACCCAAGUCCGCAUACGAAAGAGCCGCUGAAGAAGAGGGAACGACACAAGGAACUGAACCCGAGCCCGCAUCUCUAGGACUUCACCCCGACCGCGUCACAAUGUUGAACGAGCCUGAGCCUGAGCCCGUCCCAACACCUGCGCCCAGGCCCCGCCGCCCGCGUGAGGAUGGCAAGAGACAAAGUCGCCCUCCCAAGCCAUCGGCUUUCACAAAGGAGAUGGAGAUCGCAGAGAAGCGCAAGCAGGCCGCUGAGGCGCGUCAGCGGGAGCGCGAAGCGAAACAAAAGGAUCGAGAGGCGACGUUGCGCGCGAAGCGGCCGGAUCAGUUUGGCAAGAGGAGACUCGGCAGGGAAAGCAAUGUGUUGCUUAGCCGGGUGCAGCGUAUGGUCGGUCAGUAG